AUGAUGAACUACGACUUCGAGAUUAAACACGUAUCCACGAACGACUUUGGUUGUGCAGAUGUGCUAUCCCGGCUGAUCGAUAAAACCAUCCAACCAGAAGAAGAAUAUGUCAUCGCAGCGCUCACCCUCGAGGAAGAUUUGUCAAGCAUUCUUUCCGAUGCAACGGAAAACGUUCCCGUCUCAUUUGCAGCAUUGAAGGAAGCAACAUCAACAAAUGCCACGCUUCAAACUGUUAUCAAGUACAUUCGUGACGGAUGGCCCGACUGCUCCAAGAAUCUCCCCACUGCUGUUCAACCAUAUUACAACAGACGAGAAUCACUCAGCAUAAUCGACGGUUGUGUAAUGUUUGGCGAUAGGGUCAUUGUUCCUGAGAUAUUCCGACGAAGAAUCCUGCGACAGUUCCACCGAGGUCAUUCCGGAAUGGUACGUAUGAAAGCAAUAUCGAGGAGCUUCGUAUACUGGCCCGGUAUUGACAACGACAUCGAGGACUACAAUCGUGGCCGAUUCCUGCCAAACCCUGGUCAAGGAUUCAUAUCGAUUACGCAGGACCUGUAG